UUGUUGCUUAUAGCAUAGAUGGCACCUCGGUGGUGUUUUGAGGUAUUAUCUUAUUCCCACUAUUUCUCCAUGAAAUAAAGAAUAACUUGUGCUGUUAUUUUUAUUUUUAAUUAUCUUAUAUCUCACUAACGCUUUCACAUUAUGACGAGUUCUGUCAGUACAAAUCCAUCAACAUUAUUGCCUUUAGAAUUAGUUGACAAAUGUAUCGGUUCUCGGAUACAUAUUAUUAUGAAAAACGAUAAAGAAAUUGUCGGCACCUUGCUAGGUUUUGAUGAUUUUGUAAAUAUGCUGCUCGAAGAUGUGACAGAAAGCGAAGCAACGCCCGAGGGACGAAGAGUCACCAAGCUUGAUCAAAUACUGCUUAACGGAAGCAAUAUCACAAUGCUUGUACCUGGUGGAGAAAUGCCUGACACGUAAAAAAGUAACUUUCUCCGGUAUAUUUUGUACAAUAAAAAUUUGAUCUGUAAUUUACGCGUAUCUACUACAGAAUAUUAAAAAUAUCUGUCGACUAAGAAUAAUAAUUCAAAUAAAUAUUAAGAACAAAGUA